GUAAACCCAAUAACCCUAUAGAUACAACUUGAGUAAAUAUCGGAUAUCCCAUGUAUGGCACGCCAAGAUUAACGUUAUUUCCUUUUAGUUCCUGUCGGAGCCUUGGGGUAUAGCCUUUGGAUUUUCAGGUGAUGACGCUGCAAUAUUCUUUCGCAAGUGCUAGCGCCGCAUCCAAUGAGUGACGCUGAUGAGGGCGAGAAGGCAGGGUGUAUGAAGAUGCGGAUCGUGGAGUACCAUAACCACAAGACCCUCCUGGGCCCCUGCCUCAUAAGCUUCAGUCUUCCCUUGCUGAUUCCUGGUGUCACGCUUACUGUCGUCGGCUCAGUGGACAAUGACGUCACGUUCCAAGCGUUCGGAGGAUGGCACAUUGCCGGCAUUGUGAUAUUGACUAUAGCUCUACUUCUCUUGCUUUGUGGCAUCUUGCUAAAAUGCUGCUUUAGACCAAUUAUUAGUGCAGACAUCGAAAAACAUUUGACUCCUAUGCAUUCUCGUGUCACUGGGAGUAAGAAUCUUGGUUAUGAAGGCGAGUCUGUGGAACAUUUAGGUGCAGUGCUCAAUAAUAAAGUAGGCCACCACGAUCCGGCCGGCUCACAUCGAGUUGUUUCUACUCACGACAAGAAAGAAGUGCCAAACAAAAGUAAAAACAAUUCCAACAUAGGUAAUACUGACAAUAAGACUUCAAAACCCCAGGUACCAGUUUCUAGUGACAACCAGCGUUCUAGAAAGGAUGACGUUGGAACAAAACCAUACAACGAACGUGCAGUUGAUGUUGGCGACGAGCUGGAAGAAAAUAAACGUAAUCGCCAUACCAAGAAACAUCGAAAUGACCAUCCUUCUACGCCGAUUGGACAUGAUGGCGAAGUGACGUCACACCCCUCUGGUAUCAUUACAAAAGUGACGGCGUCGAUUACUGCUGAAGCCGAGGCGUCGGCUCAUUCCAGCGACCCGGCUGAAAACUCGUCUUUUAUCCCGGAGGUAAAGAAAAAGAAAAAGAAAAAAAGAAAGAAACGCAAUAGCAACCUUUCUAGCGCCUCAGUGGCCCAGAGUUUGGCGGAGGAAACUGAAGGGAAACAGACGACAGGGUCACGUAAUGAACUUCCGGUGUUGCGCUCCCCUCCAAAUGUCCAAAAGCAGACAGACGGCACUAUAGAGGAGAAAUCAGAGGAUGCACUGUUGACAGAGACAAGAUUGAAGGACGAAAUAAGUCAUAGGUCCGCGCUGGUUAACGAGGGGGAAUCACAUCACCACUCGUCACAUCUCCAUGUUCACUUCCCGAAUACACCGGAAGUUACGUCACGUUCACCAGAACGCGAUGAAAUAGAUGUGUGAUUUAAAUAAUGUGAUAAAAUCAUUAUUUGAUAUUAAUAUUAUCUUAAGCUCACAUAUUAUUUUUUAAAUGCUUUGUUGUUAUUAUUUGUAUAUACAAAUGUACUGUUUCACCGUUUGUUCAUACCAAGUUGUUCAUCAGGGUUCAAUUGGUCGGUUAUUGGUUAUUCAUGGGCAUUUUCAUCACUUUUGUAUUUUUUAAUUAUCUAAUUUGUUUUUUUAUAUCUUAAAGAUAAAAAAAUAUUUUUUUAUAUACGAAACCUUCACUAUAUCGAAAAAAUGCUUGCAUGUUCAUCUUGAAUUUUUCAUUCUGUUACUUAUGUUCAACUGUGAUAUAUAAUGUUCCCUUAUAUAUGUACAUAGUAUUGUAGAAAUGCAUUCCUUCUGCUGGACAGACUUACAUGUGCUACUUUUAUGUUAACGUUUCUAGCGAUAUUUAUUUUUAAUAAACAUGAC